AAAUUGUUGGGAAAACUUCGAGCAUCGGAUCAGAAAAUUUUUGGUUUCAAAUUUGUUCAUCUGGUGUUCCAUUUCUCCAGGAUUUCAACUGAUCAUCGCUUUCUAUUUCAAACGCGGACAUAAUGGCAUCCACAUCGUAUUCUAGAAGACCAUCGAGGGGAAGUCUUGCUGAUUAUGCACCGAAUACACCACCAUAUGUACCACGUCUCAUAUUUGCAUGUAUAAACCAAGUUGAAUUACGUGGUUUGGGGAAAAUGUUCUUGUACACACGGAACCACAACUUCAACAAAGCCAAAGCAUUGGUAUUAAGUUUUUGCAUGCGCAGAAGAAUACCCGACUUGAGAAGAGUUGACAUACACACGGUUACCUUGACUCUGAAGAUAUUUUUGUUUUCAUUGAGCGAGCCACUCAUUACGGAUGAACUCCGGGAUUCUCUCGUUGGCGGGUCUCGCAUAGCUGACAAAAUAACGAGGGAUGCAACACUCAUCGAAACAAUAAAAUUACUUCCGAAUCCGAAUUUCCAAACUCUCCGCUAUAUUUUAAUUCAUUUACGGUUUGUGACCAGUACGAUACCGGGAUGCAGUUUUGAUACUCUCGCUUUCGUUUUUGGACCCAUAGUGGUCGGCGGGAGCUCUGAAUAUCCCACUGCAUCUGCAUCAUCCAUUCGAGAAGAAGAUCAAAUUCAAGUUUUCAGAAGCUUGUUGGAAAUGAAUCCUUAUUAGGGGAGACCGGGGCAAAACGGGAUACCCAAAAAAUGAGAGAAAUAUUUUUGUCUUUGUUUUUUUUUUUUUUAAUUUUUAUACUAGUCCGAAAAGAACAUGAAACAUAUUUUUUGUUUGGAUUUUAAUUUUUUUUUUUUUCAAAAAAUUCGUUUUUUUCAAAUUCUCUUUUUUUACAUCACUUUUAAAAUGAAAACGUUUUUGCACAGAUAUACAAAAAGUAUUUGUAAAUCUGCGAUUACUGCCUCUCAGAUUACUGUCUACGACAUCAGUAAUCGCAGAUAUAUGUUUGCGGACCAUCAUGUGUGGUUACACCUGCACAUGAAUCAUGUGCCCACUCUGCACAAUUUUGGCACUGAAUCCGUAAUUCAAUGGACAAAGAAUAAAAAUUUUUACAAAAUAAACAUUGGCAAUCUUCGUUAUUAUUCAUAUCAUUCAUUUUGAAUUGAAUUACAGAGGGUGCGUUCGACGUACGUUAGAGCGUUGUAAGCGCUGAGAGCGCUCACAGCGUGCGCUCGACUUACGUUUGAGCGCUGUAAGCGCUGAGAUCGCUUUCAACGCUUACAGCGGUAAGUCGGAAGCACUCGGUUACGGGUGUAAAGUACACCCAAGGUGCAUUGAAUUAAAAUCAUAGUAAAAAAAAUUUCAUGAGUUUUUGAGGGAUACCCCGUUUUGCCUCGGAUUUUUUUUUUUUUUUUAAAUUGAACAAAAUUUCAGUACAUUUCUUAGUUUUUGGGAGUAAAGAAUAGACAGAGCUUCCCAAACUUCUGAAAAGUUCAAUAUUUCCUUAGAUAUCCCGUUUUGCCCCGGUCUCCCCUAUAACCACGUUUUCCCUUCAAAGCUCAGGUAAUAUUGCAACUAUGCAUUUUCAUACAAGGCACAGUUUGCACUUGCUCGCUCUAUUCUCUUAAACUAUAUUUAAACACCACUAAAAUUUUCGUAGUUAGCAACAGGAUAAAAAUUUAGGCAUUUUUCAGAUUUUAUCAAUAUCUUUUUUCAAAAUGAAAUGAAAAAGCGUAUUUCUUAUUGCGUGAAAUUCUAUCACUGCCAGCGAGUGCUCAAUUUGUGUAAAGAAACAAUUUUUAUUUCGCGUUCAUAGCUCAAUUGAGGAAAACCUUGAUUAUUCAUUGAUAUAUACAUAACUUCAACAAAAUUUUUGAAACUUCAGAGACGAUAUUUUUAAAGGAUGACCAACUUCUCGAAUUCCCAUCGAGUGCAUUGUUCGUGUAUUAUUAAUUAUCAUUUGCGUCUUAAAAACGAAAUAAUCUUCUCCUUUCAGGGGAAAUAUUUAUCGACGAUAAUAUACCCCGAUCGUAGUAACCUUCGACAGGAUGAAGAUGUCAUCUCAAUAUGAAAAAACAAAAUUAAUAUUUGUAGUCAAUGCUUGAUAAUAAUCCUGAUGAUAAUCCAAUUUUUUGCGGUAUUUCAUGAUGAGAUUUAAAUUUCAUUCAACAUCCUCAUUUCAGUGUCAACUAUUUAUGUUGAAUAAAGACAUUAUAAAUUA